AUGUCUCUCCCAGAGAACACGACCGUGCUUAUUGUUGGUGCAGGCCCCGCAGGUCUCACAGCUGCUCUUACUCUCAUUCACAACAAUUUCCAUGACUUCGUUAUUGUGGAUGCCGUAGGCGAAGGAUCCAAUUCAUCGAGGGCCGUCGCUAUACACUGUGCAACCAUCGAGGCUUUAGCAAGCAUCGAUGUCGUAGAUGGGUUGCUGUCUCAAGGCAUCAAGGGAAAGAGCAUCAGAAUCAUAUCCCGUAGUUCGCAGCUCUUUGAGGUCAAAUUUGACCCUUUAAAGAAACAUUCCGCCCACCCUUACGCGCUUUUCAUCCCUCAAUGUGUGACCGAGCUUGUACUUAUGCAGAAGUUGCAGAGCCUUGGUGUGCAGGUGCAGCGUCCACACAGGGUAGUAGGAAUGAAACAGAAUGAAAAGGACUCUCGCGUCACUGAUGUGUCCUUUGAGGACGGUCAAGUUAUCAGCGCUAGAUACAUUAUCGGCGCAGAUGGCGCCCGCUCAACUAUCCGUACCAUCGCUGGUAUAGAGUUCUCUGACCCAGAAGGCCCACACAUAGUCAAUGAAGAAUUGGCUCAAAUGGUCGCUGCGGAUAUCACGUUCGAGCCCGAACCUGUCGGUCCAGUCACCCUCGAGGGCCACCUUAACGCCGAAGUCUUUUCGGGCAAUUUAUUCAUGUUUUUACCAUUUGGCAACCACUUCAAUGCCCAGCUGUUGGGAGAUGGAAAGCCCACUACGAAAUCCACCUUUCGUAUACUUUGUUCCAUACCCAUAAAGAACGGAGAGCCUCCCCGUGCUCCACCAAAAGAGUAUAUCCAGAAAGUGGUCGACGCAUACGGGCCAGCGUGUAUAUCAUCGGAUCCGUCUCUUAACCCGAGACCUGUCAAAGUCGACCAGCUGGUCUGGUCGUCAGGUUUCAGAACCCAUUCAGCCAUUGCAGACCGUACCUUCACGCGUCUCGGAGCCGCCAUUUUUCUAGUCGGCGACGCAGCCCAUAUACAUUCACCUAUAGGCGGGCAGGGCAUGAACCUGGCCAUCAGGGACGCGAUCUUCCUCGCACAUGCUGUCACAAAGCACAUUCAAGCGUCUGCAGAGAAUCCCGAUGUAGACGAUACCAUCUUGCAGGAAUUUGCAGAGGCGCGUCAUGCACGAGCGCUAGAAGUCAUCGGCUUCACCAAGACACUUUUAAAACUCGGAAACCUUCCAUACGAAUCAUAUGCUUGGUGGAUGCCAGUCAGUUGGGCGUCCAUCCGUGAUUUGACGCUGAGGAUAUUGGGCGGAUUUGAUUUCGUACAGGCGAAGGUUGCAUGGGGCCUGAGUGGGCUUGGGAGACGGUAA